AUGAGAAAGGCUGCAAUGUUGAACAAUGACAUGGAUAUCUCUAGGCUUGUGGUUUAUAUACAGCAGGCCAGUAGUAGUCCUAAGGCACAGGGUGACCAAGCUCAGUCUAGUGGAGCUCAGUCUGUGCUACCUUAUUCUCCUUGUCAUUUUUGUGGACAACUUCAUCGUGUUUAUUGUAAGGAGAGGAGUAAUCGGUGUUAUAAUUAUGGUCAGCGGGGUCACAUGCAGCGAAAUUAUCCUUCAGCCAAGGUUGCCACUAGGGCUAAUAAAGUUUUAGUUGCCACAUCUUUAGCUCCUGCGCCAAAGGACGCUACUUCUUGUACCGGCACUAGAAAAAAUCACCUCUAUGCACUUGCUACUUGCUAG